GGACUCGCACCCCGCCCGAAUCGCGGCCGCACCGCCGUCCAUUUCGAAGAGGAAUCUGCCGUGAAAGCGCCGUAUUUCGUGCUCGGGAGUGCGGAUUCGGGCGAAAUGCUGCGCAGCAUCGUGGCAAGGACCGUGUGGAACAGCCGGGCGCCUUGCCUAGGGGCGAGCCGGCUGUGGGGCGAGGGCGGAGGAGGCGCCCAAGGGACACCGGCGGCGGCACGGGCGGCGACGGCGGCGACGGCGCGGCCCUUGCACGGGGCGGCGCUGCUGCGGAAGGCCGAGGACCGCAAGGAGAUGCUGGCCUCGAUGCCCGCCCGCGACGAGGGCACGGAGGGCGAGGCGGCCGUCGACGUGGACGCCAGCCUUCGAGGGUUUGGAGGAAUGUUUCCGGAUGAGAAUACCCCAGACCUGUUGAUUGAUGGUGUGCGCUUUGCUGAUCUCCCAAUCUUACAUGUCAAGAUAUCUAAAAAUAACACAGUCAUGUCCUUAACAAAUGCCAAAGGUGAAGUGCAAAUGUACAGAACAUGUGGUAUUGAAGGAUUCAAGAACACCCGCAAGGGGACCAACAUAGCUGCACAAGCAACAGCUAUAAGUUUAGCCACAAGAGCGCUGGACCGAGGUGUCAAAAAUGUUCGAGUAAAAGUGAGGGGCCUUGGACCAGGCAGAAUGUCUGCUGUAAAGGGCGUGACCAUGGGCGGCCUCAACGUGGUGUCCAUCACCGACUGUACGCCCAUCAUCUGGAAUAAUUCCCCACGCCCUCGGAAAGCAAAGAAGCUGUAGUUGCAAGGAGUUCCAUUGUUGCCAUUCAUAUUUCAACACUUUCAUUCCCAGAUGUAUAUAUUAUGGGCCAAUAUGAUGUAUUCAGGAGGAAAAUGUUCUUUCCCAUCCUUUAUCUUCCCCCCCCAUUUCAUUAAUUUUCCUUCCUGUCUCCCACCCGGAAGGAGGGAGAGGGAGGAGGAUGCUGAUGGGGGAGGGGGGGGACAAUUUAAUGAUUCUAAGGAAUAAUAUUCACCGACUGAUUGCUAACUACAUUAUUUUCCAAUUUCGCGGAAUGACCGAUGCAUUUAGAUAAAAGAAUUUCCAUGUACAGUUCUUUUGUUAAUAAUUUCGAAUAAAUAAAAGUAUUUAUUACAAA